AUGUACGCCGAGCUCAAGCACCAGUUCGACACGAAGGACCAGCAGCAGCAGACGAGGAGUGCGGCCGGGAGGCGCGAGGUGGCGCUGGUCUUGCGGAUGGCCAACGGCGAGCGGCUGCCGCAGCGCAUCUUCUACGCCGACGAGCUGCUGGACGAGGUCAGGCAGUAUGCCACCCUCCAGCUACUCGAACGGGACAGGACGGCCAAACUCGACUUUGUGUUUGUGUGCGACUUCCCGCGGCGCGUGCUGUCUGACUUCUCGCGCACGCUUCCGACUGCGGGCUCGACCAGCGCACCCUCCUCAGCAUCACCGAUGCCAACCUCGCCGUCACGUCCUCUUCUGAUUCUGCUGCGUCGUCAUGAACUGUGGGUGCACCACACACAAAGUUUAUUAAUUUGUGUAUUGUAUGCGACGGGACUCGAAGACUACCCAUCCACCCCCGAGCGUUCACCGACUUGUCUGGCUUUUCGCGUCGUCUGGGUCGUGUUGAUGGUCCUCAAUUGGGUUUGGGGUCCACUAGCAUUAAAACACUGGCGUAAGGGGGGCUUUCAGAGCUCAAGAACCUCGCGAGCUGAGUGUACACUCAGACCAAGCCUCGCAUGUCCUUGCUCGCGAAAUGUCAUCAGGUGCCGAUAG